UCAACACACUCUCCAGACCGUUUGCUCAAGUUUAGUUCACUCUCCGCUGCGGCGGUUGGAGUGCAACAGAAAAGUGUUAACAGCUGAACUGGUGUUGAGCCACGAUCUAGGUUUUGAUGCUCCUUGCAACUUCAUUCAUAUUCCGAACGUCGAGUUGUAUGUACGUUCGAUUGGAUUCGCGGUCGCGCGCGCUUAUACAUGUGCCUCUGGAAAUCGUGUGGUGAAUCGGUUGCAUAAUUUUCGCAGCAAUCUUUACCAAAGAUCCACGCUUGACUGCAUGGUUGAUGAUUUGCGAAAGUGGCCUAUUGAGUGAACGGUGCUAUUUUUUGGAUUGGUUGCCAGUGUGAUAUAGGCAAACGAGUUCAGCAUUUGACAGCAGCUGUUCCUUUUAGGAAUUCCUCGAGCUCCAAGAAGAUCAGCGAUGGCAUGGAAGAGAUUAUAGUGAAUCUUUUGUUAUGAGUUGAACAAGUUGCUUAAGAUAAGCAACGUUUGAUUGGAGUGUGGCGUGUCGGAUAACUUAGAGUUUCUUACAGUGCAAAAGUCUAUUCGUAAAAAGAAAUCAUGGUGAUACCAGGGAUCCCAUUCAUUAAGCUUGUUCCCUUACUAGGGGGAACAGCUUUGAAGGCUGUCCCGGCCGUAGCUGCAGUUACGGCAACUGUUGCGGCUGCUGUUAAGACUGCUACCGCGAUAAUAGGGGUGGGAAAGUUGGCGAUCAUACCGAUACUGAUUGCAUCGUUAGCGUACUACAACUAUGACCUGUUCGAUCCCGAGAAUCGACCGUUCAAUGUGAAGGAGGUGGAUCGAGAGUAUGAUUUCAUCGUUGUUGGAGCAGGGUCCGCUGGAGCCGUGGUGGCUUCGAGGUUAUCGGAGAUUGGCGACUGGAAGGUGUUACUGCUAGAAGCGGGAGGUCAUGAGACGGAAAUUUCGGACGUGCCAAUAUUGUCGCUGUAUUUGCACAAAAGCAAGCUGGAUUGGAAAUACAGAACCCAACCACAAAAAACCGCAUGCCAAGCAAUGAAGGACAACCGAUGCUGUUGGACUCGUGGAAAAGUUUUAGGUGGCUCGUCGGUCCUCAACACUAUGUUGUAUGUGCGGGGAAACAAACGUGACUUUGAUCUGUGGCACGCGCUGGGUAACCCUGGCUGGAGCUACGAGGAAGUUUUGCCCUACUUUAGAAAAUCUGAAGAUCAACGCAAUCCCUACCUGGCCCGCAACAAGAGACAACAUGCUACAGGUGGUCUCAUGCAAGUACAGGAUCCACCAUAUUUAACUCCAUUGGGUGUAUCGUUUCUUCAGGCUGGCGAAGAAAUGGGUUACGACAUUGUGGACGUGAAUGGUGAGCAGCAAACCGGCUUUGCGUUCUUCCAGUUUACAAUGAGACGAGGGACAAGAUGUAGCAUGUCCAAAGCCUUUUUGAGACCGAUUAGGAAUCGUAAAAAUUUGCAUGUCGGUUUGUUUUGUCAUGUUACCAAGGUUAUCAUGGAUUCGGAUAACAAGCGCGCUUUGGGAGUGGAAUUCGUACGCGAUGGAAAGAAGUACGAGGUUUAUGCAACGAGAGAGGUGAUUUUGUCAGCUGGAGCUAUCGGCACGCCACAUCUUAUGAUGCUUUCGGGCAUUGGACCGAGAGAAAAUUUGCAACAUGUUGGAAUCUCAGUGAUACACGAGCUACCAGGGGUUGGACAGAAUCUACAAGAUCACAUAGCAGUGGGAGGUCUAGUGUUCCGUGUUGAUCAGCCAAUCUCCGUCAUUAUGAAUCGUUUGGUAAAUCUUAAUUCCGCAAUUCGGUACGCUGUCACGGAAGAUGGACCUUUAACCAGCAGUAUUGGUCUGGAAGCGGUUGGUUUUAUCAAUACUAAAUACGCUAAUCAAACUGAUGACUGGCCAGAUAUAGAGUUCAUGUUGACCAGUGCUUCAACGCCUUCUGAUGGAGGAGAUCAGAUCAAGAAAGCUCACGGCCUGAAGGAUGAAUUCUACGAGUACAUGUUCAGCGAAAUCAACAAUCAAGACGUAUUUGGCGUUUUCCCGAUGAUGUUGCGACCUAAAAGUAGAGGUUUCAUUCGACUACAAUCCAAAAAUCCGCUUCGUUACCCACUGCUUUACCACAACUAUUUGACGCAUCCCGAUGAUGUGGGUGUUCUUCGUGAAGGAGUGAAAGCUGCUAUCGCAUUCGGGGAAACUCAAGCCAUGAAACGUUUCGGAGCUAGAUUUCACAGCAAACAAGUGCCAAACUGCAAGCACCUACCGGAGUUCACGGAUGAAUAUUGGGACUGUGCUAUACGGCAGUAUACCAUGACGAUCUACCAUAUGUCAGGCACAGCCAAAAUGGGUCCUCGAGAGGAUGACUAUGCUGUAGUAGAUAACAAGCUACGCGUUCAUGGAAUUAAAGGAUUGCGUAUUAUUGAUGCAAGUAUAAUGCCACGAAUCACUAGUGGAAACAUCAAUGCGCCGGUCGUCAUGAUCGGUGAAAAGGGUGCCGAUUUAAUCAAGGAACUCUGGAUGCAAAGACCUUACUACAAUCGACGGGGGAAACGGGAACGUGAUUCGCUAUCUAAUGUUACCACUACAACCGAACCGAAUGCAACCACAACCGAAUCGAAUGCAACUACAACCGACUCGUACGCAAACGAAACAACAGUUAGCUAGGACUAAAUUAAUGCGGAAAAGUAACUUAGUUCAAAAUCAUAAAACUCAUUUUUUAAAUAGCAUCACGCCAAAAUUCAACGCGAAUUGUUUGUACUAUUUCAUUCAUUCCCUAACUAGAAACUAAAAAAAAUCAUCUCGUGUUACACGAAAUUCGUUACCAGUAAGCGCUCUACAAACGCUAUGAUGUAAAUAAUCUCUAUUAGAUAUCAAUGAAAGCCGUGUUCAUGAUCUGCUUGGAAGAUGUGCGUACAAUAGUUGAAUGUUGUAGACAAGUAUCAAAUUGCAAUGACUGACUAAUUAAGUUAGUAGUUCUAUGUAAAAUUUAAUUUGUCUUAGGUAGGAUUGGAGGUGAAAAGUAAAAUUUCAAUUAAAAAAACUACAACUGAGAAGUUAUACUUAAUGUUGAUGACAAACCGACGAAAGGUUGACAGUGAUGAAUGUAUACGAGCAUUUAGAAACAUCAGAUUUUGUGAUAA